UUUGUGGUUCCGUCCCAACGCGGAAAUGCGAAAUUAUUGUGAUAAUAUGGAGUCGGUCAUCAGUUCGUUAACAGCAAAGUUUUAACAGACCCUUUUUUUUUAUUUUAACAGAGUUUAGAAAUGUUUAGAAAAUGGAAGCGGAUUUGACAUUUUGACGUCAGCUCGUGUUUUAGUUCGCGGUGCGCGUGAGCUCGGUAAAGUUCCGCACGCGCUGUAAAGGAUGGACUGGAGCCGGUUUGUGUGUGUGUGUGUGCUCACCUGUCUGAGUGCGCAGUGUGAAGGAGGGAGCUCUGUCACUCUCCCUGAGUCUCUGCUCUUCGUCUCUACGCUAGAUGGGAGUCUACACGCCAUUAGCAAACAAACUGGAGACAUCAAAUGGACUCUGAAGGAAGAUCCAAUCAUCCAAGUUCCAGUUUAUCUGCAGGAGCCAAGUUUCCUUCCCGACCCCAAUGACGGCAGCCUGUAUGUGUGGGGAGAUAAACACAAACAGGGCCUCAUGAAACUUCCCUUCACUAUUCCAGAGUUGGUUCAGUCGUCUCCCUGCAGAAGCUCAGACGGCAUCCUGUACACAGGUAAAAAACAAGACACAUGGUUUGUAGUGGAUCCUCAGACAGGUGAGAAACAGACGAGUUUAAGCACCGCGUCCUCUGAUUCCAUCUGUCCUUCAGCUCCUCUCCUCUACAUCGGACGCACAGAGUACAUGAUCACCAUGUUUGACACCAAGACACAGGAACUGCGCUGGAAUGCGACCUAUAACGACUACUCAGCUCCUCUCUACGACGACCAAAAAUAUGAUUACAGGAUGUCCCACUUUGCAUCGAGCAGUGACGGCCUGGUGGUGACGGUGGACCGUGACUCGGGAGACAUGCUGUGGAUGCAGAAGUUCGAAUCCCCUGUAGCUGGAGUUUACCUGUGGAUUCAGGACAGCCUGCGGCGAGUGCCUCACCUCACUGUCGCUACGGAAACGCUGCGAUAUCUCACAUUUACGGCACAAAAUGCACACUCGCACACCAUGAGGUGGACCUACCAGUUUACACAGGAGCAGCACAGCACCAAAACACAGCUUGUUCCCUCUCUGUACGUAGGGAAAAUGGAUUCUCACCUGUAUGCCUCCACGUCUCUCGUCCAUGAAGGAGUCGCUGUCGUGCCUCACAGCCUCACGCUGGCACGUAUUGAGGGGCCGACCACGGCGGACGUGACGGUGGGGAAUGGGCAGGUUGAGUGUGAGAUCACGCCCAGCACUGAUGUCAAGUUCCCACCAGGAAGCACCAACCCGCUGCAGAACCAGUGGCUGCUGAUAGGCCAUCAUGAAAUUCCCCCUUUGGCCCACACCACUAUGCUGAGAGGAUUCCCAGAGAACCUGCAACACUCCGGGGACAUCAUCCCUCCUCGAGGCUCCUCCUCCGCAUAUCGACCCGGAGCCCGCCCAAUGCCUCCAGUAACACAUGAAAGUUCUUCCCCUACGUUGCCUGAUUUGUUGACCUCUGACCCUGUGACCUCAUUCUUGGUGACACUGCUGCUGGCCACACUGCUAGCAUUCUUGCUCACCUACAAGCAACAGGUCAAAAAAACGCAGAAAUCUAAAGAGACGAUGGAUUCAAGACCCUUAAUAGAUAACACCAGUCAGACAAGUCAGGUUUUGCCUACAGGAAAUGACAUCACUUCAUCGUCAACCUACAGCAACGGCAACCAAUCAGACCACAGCAGCUCCGUCUUGUCCAAUCAGACCCAGCCUCACUCGAGCACUCAGGACUCGGUCCCUACAGCCACGCCCAACUUGUCCAGAGAGUCAGAGGAUGUGCAGCCCAACGUGGUGGAAGUGGGAAAAAUUUCCUUCAGCCCUUCUGAAGUGUUGGGACACGGUACAGAGGGGACGUUCGUGUUCAGAGGUCACUUUGACGGGCGACAUGUCGCAGUGAAGCGUAUCCUGCCUGAGUGUGUGGAGUUUGCCGAGCGUGAGGUUCAGCUGCUGCGUGAAUCAGAUGAACAUCCUAACGUCAUCCGCUACUUCUGCACCGAGCGCGACCGCCAGUUCAUCUACAUCGCCAUCGAGCUGUGUGCUGCCACCUUACAGCAGUAUGUCGAGGACCCGAGCUGUCCAUAUUCCAAACUGGACCCUGUGACUCUGCUGGAGCAGACGAUGUGCGGACUCAACCACCUUCACUCCCUCAACAUCGUUCACAGAGACCUGAAGCCUCGCAAUAUUCUCCUCUCCGCCCCGGGAGCGCUCGGUCGAGUGCGAGCCGUGAUCUCCGACUUCGGAUUGUGUAAAAAGCUUCCAGACGGCCGGCACAGUUUCAGCCUGCGCUCCGGAAUCCCAGGAACGGAAGGCUGGAUCGCUCCGGAAUUACUCAUCGGUGUGGAGAAAGGAAACCCUACAAGUGCGGUGGACGUGUUCUCAGCAGGCUGUUUGUUUUAUUACGUGGUAUCCAGAGGACAGCAUCCAUUCGGGGACACGCUGCGGCGUCAAGCUAACAUCCUCUGUGGAACGUACAGUCUGGAGAACUUUAUGGAGGAUAUGCACGAGGACGUCAUUGCAAGAGAUUUGAUCGAAAUGAUGAUCAGUGCAGAUCCCAAGUCCCGCCCCUCCACCGCCUCAAUACUAAAACAUCCGUUUUUUUGGAGGCCAGAAAAACAACUGCAAUUCUUUCAGGAUGUCAGUGAUCGUAUAGAAAAGGAGCCACCUGAGAGCCCUAUCGUGGUCCGUUUAGAGACGUCAGGCCGAUCGGUGGUCCGAACCAACUGGAGAAUGCACAUCUCAGCACCUCUACAGGCCGAUCUGAGGAAAUUCCGCACAUAUAAAGGGAACUCAGUCAGAGACCUGCUCAGAGCCAUGAGAAAUAAAAAGCAUCAUUACCAUGAACUCCCCCCUGAAGUUCAAGCGGCGCUUGGUGAAGUCCCAGAAGGCUUUGUGGCAUAUUUCACCUCGCGCUUCCCGCGGUUACUGCUGCACACACACACUGCACUGAGCAUCUGCGCUCCUGAGAGACCGUUCCACCCCUAUUACCACAACUAAACACACACACAGAAACGAUACGCUCCUGCUGCAGACGAAGAGGAUGUGACACAGGAUAAAACGUGAUUCAUUCAGGAUUCUUUAUGGAACGAUUUAAUAGACACUGUGUGUCCUGAGUCAUGGCAUGCAGAAGACUUUCAGGCAAAAGUUGUGGUUCUGCUGAAGUAUUAGCACCGACGUGUCCUGUGGAACUGCUGAUAUGAUCAUCCAUAACGGCCAGCAUUUCUUUCAUCCAGCAGAUCUCAGAUCCGAUUCUCCGACUGAUGACUCGAGCGAACGGAUUAAGCAGUGGAUGAGGUUUUGUUUAGUGUUGAGCAUUAUUAAGCCUUGAUGAGCGAUGCCUUGGAGAAUAAGUCACUUCAGCUGCAGGUGUUGUUUAAGUAGAGCUCUCGGAGUCCUGUGCGUUAUUCCUUAGCUGUAAUCGUCAUGGAAACAGCCCCCUGAGGUUUUAAACCCGAAAUCCCGAAUGGGAAAUCAAGGAAACGGAUUUGAUUUUAAAAGCUGCAGCUUGUUUGUUUUAAUCGCUGCCGUACCAUGAACUCGACUGCGAGUGAUAGCUGUUCGUUACGAGCACUAAUUAUUUUUUACGCGUCCAUUUCUUUUUGUCAAACAGUUUGUCAAAGCGGAUACGAACAAAUUCAUUCGUAAAUCAUUCUCGAGAGCAUUUCAUACAUGUCAACCUUUGGUCAAUCAAACCUGUAUAACCAACCUCCAAAAUCCGUAUUUCCCUUAUAAAAUCCGUAUAAGAUGCAAAUUAAAAUAAUUUACCUAAAAUUUGAAUGAUAAUUAACAAUGAUAUAUCCCAGUUACUUUUUAUUCAAUAUUAAUAACAAUAAACCUUCAGAAUGAAUACAAAGCUCCAAUGUUUGACAAAAACACAAAGUGUUAUCAGCGUAGUUACGAAGGAAAUACUUCGUUGUUUGGAGACAGGUUUCACCGAGCGGCUAUUAUGCACGAGACUUCAUAUUAGCCACAAAGUCAGGAAAAUCUGUUCGUAAAAUUACGUUAUAAUGACCAAAUACAAUGAAAAGUAUUUUUCCAGUCUCACCUGUGAAAGGUAAUCCCAUGUGGUCUCGUUUGGACGGCAAACCUGUUGGUACAGUUAAACGCAGCACAUGAAUGAGGCAUCUUUAUUCUCGGCUACUCUCUAGACGCUAUUGAGGUUUUUCACCUGAUGUCACAGGGUCACAUGACGCCCCGGUGUCCGCCAUUUUGAAGGUCAAGCUACAUACUAACGCUGCAGACAGAGAGGGAGAACCAGCUUGAAAAAAACGUGUUACAGACACCGGAUCCAGUGUAAAUAGCUGACGGAGCGUGCUCCGGCUUG